GUCAUUGGUGUCGCGUAAGUCAAGGUUUCAAAAUGAAAGUUGUUUUACCAAAUUAUAUUCAAAAUAUAAUCGACGUUAUAAUUCGUAAUGAAAACUAUGAAAAUCCCGAAAUUGAAAUUAAUCAAGGAUCAGAAUCGGGGGAUGGUUACGCUUCGAAAACUUAUGCAGUUUCCAUCAAGGAAAAUUGGACCGAAGUUAUGGAAUACCUUUUUAAAACGGAAUACAACUUUUAUAAUAAAAUUUAUCCAGCAUUUAAAAGAUUUGAAGAAGCCAAACAAAUUGAGGACCCCUUCAAUAAUGUACCUAAAUUUUAUGGGGGUGACGUUGAAGAUGAUCAAUUCCCACCGAUUGUAUUAGAAAAUUUAAGAACUUUAGGCUACAAAUUGAGGGAUAGAAAAAAACCGAUUGAUGACGACCACUUAAAAAUCCCUAUUAAAGCUUUUGCUAAAUAUCACGCGAUUUCCUUUGCCUUAAAAGAUCAAGAACCGAAAAUGUUUGAAAAAUUAAGCGAACACGUAAAAGAUGUUUUUGGUAAGAAUUUUGUAAAAAUGGGAAUGGCUGAUAUGAUAAAGAUGUGCGUGAAACAAUUUUCGGACAGUUUAGAUCCUAUUUCGGAUAAAACUAUGUUGGAUAAAUGCAAAAAUUUAGAUGAGAAAAUGAUUAAUUUUGCGUUAAAACUUGGAGACAUUCUCGAUGAAUAUGGCGUAAUUGUUCAAGGAGAUUGUUGGUCAAAUAAUAUGAUGUUUCUUUACGAUGAUGAAACUCAAAAACCCAUUGACAUAAAAUUAAUCGAUUGGCAAGGACAAUCCCUUAAUUCCCCCCUUUUAGAUUUCAAUUACUUCUUUUAUACAUUAGCCACUAAAAAGGAACUUGACAACGCUCACUAUUAUUUAAAUCUUUAUUACAACAUCUUAUCAGAACGAAUCAGAGAGUUAGGAAGCGAUCCUAACAAAGUGUAUCCUUACAAUGUCUUUUUGGAACAUUGGAGAAAAUCCGCUAUGUUUGGGCUGUUUAUGGCGUUUUGUGUUAUUAAAGCCCAAUUAGUUGAAAAUGACGAAAUUCCAAAUAUGAUGGAUGAAAGCGGAGACGAAUUUUUCGGGGUAAAAAUUAAGAAUCAAGAUAAAUAUAAUGAAAGAAUCCGGGAUUUGAUUGAAUAUUUUAUAAAUCAAAAUUCAACGAAUAGCUCAAACAAAGUUAUGAAAGGAACCAAAAAAAAAACUCAUAUUCAAUUGAGUGCGAGACUUUAG